AUGCAAAGGCUUGGAUGGCAGCCCUCAUCUUCAAGCUCAAGCUCAAAUCCGUGGCUCUCGCCGCCAAAAUCAGACGGACCCCAAAGUCAACCCCAGCUCAAACUCCCGCUCCAGCUUCCCAGCACUAAGGCCACAUCCACGGACCAGCGACGUCCAAAUGCUCCGGACGUCGGAUCUGCCCUUCGUCAGCCUGGUCGCGUUGCUGAUCGAAUUCGAGCAAUCAACAGCCUUCAGCAGCUGCCGUCAAACGUCCCUAAGAAACCCAUCCAGCCUGUUGCUCCUCUGAAUCCACCAAUCGCCUUGCAUCCGGAAGACGAUCUCAGACAUGCUUCACCAUUUCCUCGAAGAGAUUCUGCCCAAAGUCCCAUCCGACCUGAGACCCCCCUUUCACAGUCAAGACCUCAUAGAAGCCCUCUGGUUCACUGCCCAAUGCCAAAGCGCUACCAACCUCAACUAUCAGCAAAUAUUGAGAAGAAAGCGAUGCCAGUCGACACUCAACCAAUGUGCUAUCGACAUGGUCGCAAGCUCAAGCUCAGAAAAAGCGUGCCGGCCGACAUGGACAGAGCUUUCAGUGGUGCGUACAUUCCUAUUGGCCAUCACAUCAGACAACAAGUCGACCCUCUGAGUCCUUGGGCCGUUGGGACACGUCUUGCUAAGACCAGUGGAACUACAGUCUCUCCCGAUAUUUGUCCUGACUGCCUUGCCGAACAACACAUCAUAGAGCGUGAAACCGAGAUGCAUAAACAGAAUUCCCGGACUCGGGCAGAUCAGCCUCUCAGAUCCGCAAGCAGCUCUAUAUUCACUGAGCGAGGGACGCCCCCGGAGCCCGACCAGCCGUCCAACGUCCUUGUGGGUACAACCAUCGACAGCCAAACUGUUAAGGUACCUGGAGCCACUGUGUGUGAAAUGCCUCCCGACAAGUUUGGCGGCAUCGUGGCAACUGAUCUCGGUGACAUGAUUGACGCCAUCAUCGUCGAACACAGCGGCAGUUUAGGCAAAGUCAUCUCCAACAUCCGUAAUGGUAUGCCAGAUAGUGAUUGGACUCAAAAGCUCUCGCGCGACCUUACUAAGGUUUCGGAAGCGGUAGCAUCUCUGCCAGAGGAUAACAUCAAACACGCUCCUGCUUUCUCCCGAAACAUCAACGGCCGACGCUCAAUUAUACUAGAUGCUUCGCCUGACUCUCUCCGACAACGAGCAAAGACCAUGCCUGAACUGCUUGACUUGGUUGAUGCUGCAACGCAAGAGUUCAGCAUGACAGCCUCAAACAGUCGAGAACAGAAAUUCAACCUUGAUCGCCCAUUCAUGCCAGGCGAGUUUCCUAAGAGUCCGUCCACUCUUUCAUCUGCCAUCGUCAACCCUGCUGUUGCUUUACCAGCUAUGCCACCUCUCUCUUCUGCGCAAUCGAACUUGUCUGUACCGUUGUCUACGUCACCCCAAGCAGCUAGAUCGACAAUCACAUCUGAGCAAUUAGUAGUGAAUAAUCAGUCCCCUCGGGCAGCGCCUAUCAAAGCUUCAGCCACGAUAACCGAUCCUCGACCAUUUGAGGCAGAUGAAGAUGAGGCGACCCUUGUGGAGACUGAAGUCUCGCUACCCAGCAUGAAUCUACCUUCGAAAGCCAAUGAAGGCCAGAGCAACCCAGACGCAGCAUCCACUACUCAGCAGCGGAGUCGAAUUCCGAAGGCUACUACGAUACCCUUGGUCAGGCCUCUGUAUGCAUUGUCCGACGCACUACGCUUCAAUCAGGCUAGACCGAAGCCUAGCACGAUAGCCAAGCAGCAUCAACAGCAGCGGAUAUUUCAGCAGGGAUGGUUGCGGGAGGCGGCUGUUGCUGAAAGAGCUGGAAGGCGGAGUCGAAGUAGGAGCAGAGGUGCAACUCAUGUAUGA